UUGAUUUUCCUGAAAUUUUAUCACCCAAUAUAUUCAUUGACAAAUACUUGACAGUGAGAUGACUUUUAAAUGAUAUCGAACAUGUAAAUAGUUAAAUAGGUAGUUUCCUAUUAUAAUGGUGGUUGUCUUCAAAAUAUUUAUGUUUUUGUGAACAAAUUAUGCAGUACAAUGGGUGUGAAAUGUCACGUACCUGUCCGACUAUGGAUUGUAGUGAUGGUGUUUUUGACAACUUAUUCUAACUACCUCACCCGAGUGAACAUACCAAUGAGCAUUGUAUCUAUGAGAGGAGGAGGAGCAAAUUUAAAAACUAAAGAAGUGGCACAAUGCUUGCAGGAUGAAUCAUCGAAUAAGACAACCACUAAUAAAACCACUGCAUUACCCGAUUAUGGUCCACGAUUCGAUUGGAGUGAAACUGUCCAAGGCCAUAUAUUGGGCAGUUAUUUUUGGGGAUAUUGCGUGGGCUCUUUGCCAGGAGGAGUCUUGGCAGAUGUGCUAGGAUCAUACAAAGUCAUCUUUUGGACUUGUCUCCUUUCUGCGAUUCUGAACUCAUUAUCAGUGUAUGCAGCCCAUGUUCAUUACGCUCUCCUGAUGACUUGUAGGUUUCUAAUCGGAUUGUUGGCAGGACCAGUAUACCCCGCCGUUCAAGUCUUGAUUGCGAAAUGGGCCCCUCCCGCUGAAAAAGGCAAAUUCGUCGCUGGUAUGAUGGGCAACACCCUAUCCACGUGUAUCACGUUCCCAUUAGUCGGUGCAGUCACGGCAGCUUGGGGCUGGGACUGGGGUUUCCACGUCCUCAGCAUCCAGAUCCUCGUGUUUUGUGUGAUUUUCUUUUUCGUCGCAUCUGAUACACCAGACAGUCACAAAUUCAUCAGUCAGGAAGAGAAGGAUUUCAUCAGAGAGGCUCAGGGUGCGUCUGUUUCCAAGAAGAAGAUGCAACCACCUUACUUACAGAUUAUGAAAUCGGUUCCUUUUUGGAUCCUCAACAUAUUGCAUUUCGGUAAUCUCUAUGGACUGUAUGUACAAAUCACCAUGGUCCCAAAAUUCAUGACCCAGGUCAUCGGUUUCGAUUUGAAAGGGGCAGGAGGAUUAUCAGCAUUGCCAAGUUUAGCAAGAUUAUUCUCAGGACUUGGAAUCGGAGCUUUAGGAGAUUAUCUGAAGAGAAAACAAGUCGUUUCUAAUCUGUUCAUCAGGAAAUUCUUCGUACUUUUUUCUCAUAUUAUUCCUGGUCUACUGAUGAUGGCACUAGCUCUCAUUGGAUGCAAUAGUAUAAUGGUAAUCGUCCUCCUGGUUAUGAGCAUGGCAGUUAACGGAGCUGCGGUUCUAACUAACCUUCAAAAUUCCCAAGAUUUAUCACCAAACUUUGCUGGUACCAUCUUCGGAAUAAUUAGUUUCUGUGGUGGUACGGCUGGUUUCAUCGUUCCUCCAGUUACAGCUUUAUUCACUGGAGAUACUAAUGGUACUACAACAGAGUGGGGUUAUACGUUCAUCAUAGGUGGAGGUAUUUAUUGCCUUACUGGAAUAAUAUUCAUCAUCUUCGGAUCCGUUAAAGAACAGAGUUGGAAUAAGAAGGGAGACGAAGAGUGAAGCCGAAUAUCCUGGAGUUGAAGAAACGCGUAACCAUGUGAAGAACAAUUGAAUUAUCGUUGCUUUGGUCAUUGCAAUAGAUGCAUUUUCGAUAUAGAUCCAUGACACAUGUAAAUAAAAAUCAUAUAGCUGAUUAUCC